UUUUCUAGACAGGCGGCGCCUUAGCCACCUGGCAAGGCUGGGUCGCCUAGCAACGGCGGGGUCCUUCCAGGCUCCGCGGCGCUCCGGGCCUGAGGGGAAAAGAACCGCCGCGGAGGGCGCUGGGGGGCCGGUGGCGGCGACGCGGGAUUGGCGCGCCGGGGGGAUCCGGCGUCUGCAUCGGACUGGAGAUGAACGCGGCCGACAAGGCCCGGGUGGGGCCCGCGGCCGACGGGCCUGCGCCGGCCGAGGAGGAGGAGGGCGACGCGGGCGGGAAGGAGCCGGCGGCCGACGCGAUCCCCGGGCCCAGCGCCGCGUUCCGCCUCCUGGUGACUCGGCGGGACCCGGCCGUGAAGCUGCAGUAUGCAGCGAGCGGCCUGGAGCCGCUGGCCUGGUCCGAAGACCACCGCGUGUCCGUGUCCACGGCCCGCAGCAUCGCCGUGCUGGAGCUCAUCUGCGACGUGCACAAUCCGGGCCAGGACCUGGUCAUCCAUCGCACCUCAGUGCCCGCCCCUCUCAACAGCUGCCUUCUCAAAGUUGGCUCAAAAGCAGAAGUCGCCGAGUGUAAGGAGAAAUUCGCCACCUCUAAAGACCCCGCGGUCAGUCAGACUUUCAUGCUGGAUCGGGUGUUCAACCCCGAGGGAAAGGCUUUGCCACCGAUGAGAGGAUUCAAAUACACAAGCUGGUCCCCCAUGGGCUGCGAUGCUAACGGCAGGUGCCUCUUGGCAGCGCUGACCAUGGACAACCGCCUGACCGUCCAGGCUAACCUCAACAGGCUGCAGUGGGUCCAGCUGGUCGACCUGACUGAGCUGUAUGGAGAACGUCUUCAUGAGACCCGUUACAGGCUCUCUAAAAGCGAGGCUCCGGAAGGGAACCUGGGCGAUUUUGCCGAGUUUCAGAGGAGACACAGCAUGCAGACGGCAGUCAGGAUGGAGUGGUCGGCCAUCUGCACCACUCAGCAGGUCAAGCACAAUAACGAGUGCCGGGACGUGGGCAGUGUGCUCCUGGCAGUCCUCUUCGAAAACGGCGACAUUGCCGUGUGGCAGUUCCAGCUGCCGUUUGUAGGCAAGGAAUCCAUCUCUUCGUGCAACACGAUCGAGUCAGGAAUCAGCUCUCCCAGUGUCUUGUUCUGGUGGGAAUACGAGCACAAUAAUCGGAAAAUGAGCGGCCUUAUCGUGGGGAGUGCCUUCGGACCUGUGAAAAUUCUCCCUGUCAACCUCAAAGCGGUGAAAGGCUACUUCACUUUGAGGCAGCCCGUCGUCUUGUGGAAGGAGAUGGACCAGCUGCCGGUGCACAGCAUAAAGUGUGUCCCGCUCUAUCACCCGUACCAGAAGUGCAGCUGCAGCCUAGUGGUGGCCGCGAGAGGACCCUACGUGUUCUGGUGUCUCCUGCUCAUCUCCAAAGCAGGUCUGAACGUUCACAAUUCCCACGUCACGGGCCUUCACUCCCUGCCCAUCGUCUCCAUGACUGCGGACAAGCAGAACGGCACAGUGUAUACUUGUUCCAGCGACGGGAAGGUGAGGCAGCUGAUUCCCAUUUUCACAGACGUCGCGCUGAAGUUCGAACACCAGUUGAUUAAGCUCUCGGACGUGUUUGGCUCGGUGAGGACGCACGGGAUAGCGGUGAGCCCGUGCGGCGCGUAUCUGGCCGUCAUCACCACGGAGGGCAUGGUCAACGGCCUGCAUCCCGUGAACAAAAACUACCAGGUCCAGUUCGUCACCCUCAAAACCUUCGAAGAGGCAGCUGCUCAGCUCCUGGAGUCUUCAGUUCAAAAUCUCUUUAAGCAGGUGGAUUUAAUAGACCUCGUACGCUGGAAGAUCUUAAAAGAUAAACAUAUCCCUCAGUUUUUACAAGAAGCUCUGGAAAAAAAGAUCGAGAGCAGCGGGGCCACCUACUUCUGGCGCUUCAAACUCUUCCUCCUGAGGAUUCUCUACCAGUCAAUGCAGAAAACCCCUUCGGAAGCCUUAUGGAAGCCCACCCACGAGGACUCAAAAAGCUUACUGGUCGACUCGCCUGGGCCGGGCACGGCCGAGGGUGAACAGCAAGAGGGCACUUCCUCCAAACAGGUGACUAGGCAGGCCCAUCAGGAGAGGAGCAAAGAAGGGGACCCAGAGGACCCCACAGAUGACCCCCUCGCCCAGUCCGGAGAUGCCGGAGGCCGCGAGCCGAUGGAAGAGAAACUCCUCGAAAUCCAAGGGAAAAUCGAAGCCGUGGAAGUGCACCUGACCAGGGAGCACAUGAAGCGAGUCCUAGGAGAGGUGUACCUGCACACCUGGAUCACCGAGAACACCAGCAUCCCCACCAGGGGCCUCUGCAACUUCCUAAUGUCCGACGAGGACUAUGACGACCGGACCGCACGGGUGCUGAUUGGACACAUCUCAAAGAAGAUGAACAAACAGACUUUCCCCGAGCACUGCAGUUUGUGUAAAGAGAUCUUGCCGUUCACAGACCGCAAGCAGGCCGUCUGUUCCAAUGGCCACAUUUGGCUUCGGUGCUUCUUAACCUACCAGUCCUGCCAGAGCUUGAUCUACCGGAGGUGUCUGCUCCACGACAGCAUCGCGCGCCACCCUGCCCCCGAAGAUCCCGACUGGAUCAAGAGGCUGCUGCAAAGCCCCUGCCCUUUCUGCGACUCUCCUGUGUUCUGACGGUGGCGGGAGACGGAGCGGCCCGGACUCCUGAGCGGAAGAGAGGUGCUCUUCGCGACUGCACCCGGCGCCCCGGGGACCCCUUUGGAGGGCGUCGUCUGUCUCCAGGGACUAGGGCAUAUCUUCAAAAUGACCGAGGCCGAGGUUUCAGUCGUUUGGAGAUGAGUGUCAGCCCCACUCCCGACCCAGUGAGGACCGCUUACUGUCCGAGAGCCUUGGCCAAAGCGGCUUGAACCAAUGCCCUCUUGUUUUUGGGAACAGAACGACUUCUUCUGGAGCCUGGGGAAAAGGGUCUUGCUGGGCCGCGUUGGGCUUUAAUCCCAGACCGUGGCCUGGCGCUGCCUGUGGCUCCGGGAGCUUAAAUGACCAGCAGAAGCUGAGCGUCUGAGCGCAUGGCCAGCGGCGGCGUCCUCAACACACAGCUGCACAUCUGUGCCCCGCCGAUUAGCUCCCCUGCAUAUUGACAACAUUUUCCUAAAGCUGUUAUUUUUGAGAGAUUGAAGCCAAGACUAAAAUUGGUUUUAAUAUAUCGAAAGGUCCGGUGACUCUCAUAAGUUAAUAAUUGUGACUUAUUUUAACGACUCCCAGGUCGUCCCAUUUCCUGCUCCGACUCCUGACCGUGUCUGAGGACGUCAAGUAUUCCAGCUCCCCGUGUCACGUCCCUGCUUCAGACGUAACUGUGACAACCUCCAUGAGAUGUUUCUACAAAAGAGGAAAAAAUAUUUUCUUCUUUUAGUAUUAAAUUAAAACUCGUAGUAUUUUUAAUGUCAACGCUCCCAGACGUGUCAUUUGUGUCCGGUAUAGGAGUGCAGAGUCUACCUAGAGACUUCUGGAAGGAGAUGGGCAGCCCCGAGGUGUGGACACCGCUCAGUGCUAUGAGUGCCUGUGGCUCGGCCGGCAGGGCCGGGGGUCUCUCCUCUCUGCGAAAGUCUGGUGUUCGUAACGCAGGCUUUUUCUGCAGGCUGUUAAGAGAUGUUAGAUGUUGACCGGUUGUAAAACCUAAAGGGAAAAAUAGACAUUCUGGGAAUUACAGUGUUUUGGGAUUUUUAAAAUAAGUAUCCCAGGGAUUGGUGCUAAUCAACAAGGCUGCAGUGCACACAUCUUAAAAUGGUACAUGCUUCCAGACAGUGUAUUUGAUGGGAAAUACAAAAUGUGAAAUUCUGACUCAUACUACAUGCCUUUAUUCUAACAGUUCCUGCUUUUAUUUCGUGUCCUUAGUGAAAGACAUUUUGUCCUCGCUCUCGAAACAGCUGCUAACGGGUGGCUUUGUGACGGGAACACACCGGCGCUCGUGUUCCUCCUCCCCGGCAUGCAGUGGGGACGGCGCCCCUGAGGGGCCCUCCCAGCAGUCCGCUUUGAAACGUCUUUUGUUUCCUGUUCAGAACGAUGCUUUGCCUCUAAUCCGUAAUUAUGUAUUUGCUGGAGUCUUCUGCUCGCCUUUCUCAUUUCGGUGGUAAUUUGAAGAAUGGCGUUUGUCCAGACCCUCGGGUCCGAUCCGGCCUGUUCAGUGACGCACAGGAAAGAAGCAGUCGGCACUAAAAUCACGAGUAACACGUCAGAAGGCUGGGCAGUCGCAGUAGUUUGUGCUUGUGUCUGUUUCACUUUACAGUAAGUAUGACAGUAAACACUGGGGUCGUGUCAAGGAAGUAUUGCAGUUUUAAUAAUCACAAAAUGCUUCGUUUCGCUUAUGUGUUUGUCCCUAAUCAGAGUCACUGGUUGAUCUGUUCUUAUUGGGGGAUGUGCUGCUGCUGCCGUCUAAAACUUACAUUAAGUUUUUAUUUAAAGCGCUUGUGCGUUUUGAAGGAAGUUUAACUCUUAGAGUUUAGCUAAAGAGGAUCUGCCGAAUUAUUCCGUGGGUCUGUAUAGGGAUAAACAUGGUGACCGCUUUACUAGAACGAGGCUUCUGUCUGCAGGGGCUGGGCCCAGCGGCGUUCUUGACUCUGAAAUCCCGCCAGCACCUGCCUCAGCCUGAAUUUCUGCCCACCCAGAAAUUUGGGGGACCCCCCACUUCCUGCCCGCCCCCACUCACGGAGGUUAAGCCACUGACCUGUGAGAAUGAGAGAUUUUGAAUAAGAGGCAGCAUCCCAAACAGUGCGCUUCUCGCUUUCACUCAGGGUCAGCGCCCCUGGUGAUAGGGCGUUGCCCAGUGGGAAGUGGGAGCGACACCAGGAGUCUUCAGACUCGCCGCCUCUCCUGCUUGAAGCCUGCCACACCCUCGACCUUCCUGGAACGUCCCCGCUCUGGUCAGGGUGUUCCAGCUGUCACUGUAAUCGCUGGGUCAGGAAUGGCCGGAGAACGCGACGGGCCCGCUCUGUGUAAGGGCAGGGGCAGAGUCCAUACAAUUAGUCCUUCUAAGCGGCAACACUGUUGCAUUUGGGGAGUCUGAGAGCCCCACACCUGUAUCACACUUUCUCUGCCUAGAGUUAAUUUGUUCCUAUUGUUCCAGAUAAGAAAUUGAUAGCUUGUUAUGCCCAUUAUUUAUUCUGAAAUCCUCCUGCAUCUACCACCCAGAUCUCAGGCAAUCUCUGUCUAUUCCAUCUGCCAAACUACCAGUUAUUUUCCAGUGUCAGAAGCCGUUAGAACCACUGGCCAAGCUCGCGGCUCAGUGUGACAUUUUCCCACUUCUCCCUCCUAAGAAGGUUUUGAGGAUGCUGCUGUUGAAGCACGUACAUUGGACCUGUGAGUGAGUUCCACAGGUUAAUCAGGUUUAAAGAACGUUAAAGGUGAUCAGUAUUAAAACGUUUUCUGUCGUGAUCAUCACGGCGUCAGGUAGGAAGUGGAGGAACUUGCCGCUUGUCGGUGCUUGGUAAGCGGGAGGGAGGACGUCGGCGCUGGUUGAUGGCGCACCCGCGGUUAAACCGCACUGGAGCUCGGUGGGUGCCGGCCGUGCCUGCAGCAAGACCCGGGAGUCACAUCACUGGUGAUGCCGAGCGUCUGUGCCUCCCGCCUCCCUCUCGCUAGCCACUCCUUCUGUUCGCUCAGCUUCAAGACACACUCAGAGUUAACAGAGUUCAUGUUUGAAAGAAAAAUAGAUUGGUGAUAAAAUUUCUAAAAGCCAAAUCACGUAGUUGUGUCUCUCUUCCUAGAAGAAACCAUUAAACGGUAAUUUUUCUUUUUAAAGGUGAUAGCGUUAGUUGUUGGCUUGGUAAAUCCUAUCUGGUUUCCGUCAGGACUUUUUCUCAGAGUGUGGAAUAACUCCCGCCUGGACUUUGGGCUGGAGUGUGCUAGAUUCUAGCUCCCUGUCCCCGGCCCCCUACCAGGGUUAUCCUUGACAAGCAAAAAUUCUGGGCAAAGCUAAGCUGAAUGGGUUGUAUUCAGAGUCAGCAGUCCUAAAUUUUUUAAGGGAAAUGUAUAUUCUCCCCGUUUUUCUUUUUAGAGAUUGGGCAGCACAAACAGCAAAACAAAUGAAUCUUUACAGUGAGCCCACGUGGACUGCUUCGAGUCCCUGCGUGGCUUUGUGACUCCUGGUGACUGUACCUUUAUGCUCUCGGCCCGCCCUCCGUGUGUAGGUGGCGUUUAGCCUGCGGUGAGUCCGCAGAGUGUCUCAGGGGUCUCGCCUUUCCCUUCAAGUUGUCGGAGUUUUAAAAUGCCUCUAAAGGAGCCAACCGGAGAGAGUUGCUUCAUUUUAGUUACGAGUUUGAGUAUCAACUGGCAGCUUCAAGCAGAGUUUUAGACUGUCUGUCUCAGGCCUCAGCGUCACAUAGCUUUUAAAUGUUCUUUUCUGAAGCCGAAAGAGGUUUCUGGAGUUAAGAUCUUCACGUCUGCUGACAUGAUGUCUGCUCUUCAAACUGGUUAGAGAGCAUGUGAAAUCUGACCGUCUCAAAGUGAAUCAAGUCAAAUUUGCAGAAUGGAAAGUUGCUCCCAGUGACAUCUGAAGCGCUGUUGCAUCGCAGUCCUGGUGACGCAGCAGGAUUUUGCAGAAGAUUGCGAACUCGUUUCUAGGGCACAGACACAGAUCAGUCUUAUUAGGACUUAGCGAGGCUGAGUCUGGGAGCUAGGCUGCAGCCUCUCAUGUGCAUACAGAGAGUUUGUUUUAAGACAGGGCUGUUCUGAAAACUUGGUGUGGGAAUCGACACAUUUAACACGGGAAUGGUUGUUUAUAAAGAUGUCCUGUCAAGAAGUUAAUCCUUUUGGUAAUGGAUAUUUCUCCCCCAACCUCUUUACCCAGGUAGGUGAUUCAUCUUUUCUUAUCUUGCGUUUUCUUUGAGUCAUAUCUGUGCUCUGGGAUGGGGGGACGGGGAGACUUAGUAUACAAUCCCAGGUCUUAGCGAGUUUAUUUGGAGCAAUAGUAUAUGGAUUACCAACGUGCUGUGUUCAUCCAUUGCAGGCUCGGGAGGAGCUGAAAAGGGGGAAUGAUGAAACUCUCAUACCGACACCCGGUAUAGGCUGCCUAGUUGAAAUGCUGUAAAUGGGUCGGGUAGAAUUAAAUUCCAGAACUCUAAAUGUUAUGUUUACUUCUAAGGUGAAAUUUUGCUUACCUCCCAUCACAGGAUCCCGUUACUUUCGUAAAAAGAUCCUGUAAAGUGGUCAUAUUGGACGACGUAAGAGGCUGUGAUGGCUUUCAGACGGUUCAUACUUUACCAUUUAUGUUUGGCUAACAGGCCGCUAGGGUUUAGGGUGUUUUAAUUUUGGUACUAAUGCCGAAUUAAAGGCAAAAAUGAAUUCUGUGUUUUUCAAGACUUCGACUCAGAUGUGUACUUUAAUGUAUGAAAGGACAGUGAAUAUCAAACUCGUUUAUACAGGAAUAAGACUGUAUAGAAAAAUAAGUCUGUGUUGUGUAUAGCGAAUAUAUUUCAUGUUUACCCAGCGCCUGUGCUGAUCUUCGUGCUCGGCUUCGAAUUUGUGUAUGUUUACAUAUGACGUUUUUGGAAAUAAAAAGAACAGACGUCUAAAUACUUAAGGUUAUAAAAAGGAGAUGGUUUUUAAUGUUUGCCAUCUGAUUAGGUGGCGUGUUACAGAUUUUUAGCGUUUAAAUAAAAUGACUUUAAGAAUAACACCGCAUUUUGCUUGGCAUACCCCCACCCCUACCCCUGCCCCGGAAAAACUGGCUGCUUCUCCCGUCGUAUAGAUGUACAUAGCGUUCACGAUUAGAUUGUAAGCUCCUUGAGGGCAGGGACUGUCCGCUUCGUCUUGGUGGCUCCUGCAGCACCUAGUGCCAAGUGCCUUGCACAGAGUAGGUGCUCGUGACGUGUACAGCGAGUGAGUGACUUCCUGCCACCUUCUAGGUGAAGCAUGGCUCACUUUUCCCCGUGAGUUCCAAACCGAUGACCAGGACGGGGUCAAUUUCUUUCUUGGGUUUGAACUGAGCUUCGAUGGACCCAGACCAUGCCAUGUCCUUAGCACUCUUUAGCCUUCUUUUCCCGAAGAUGGUAUAUCAGUGUCCUGAGCUUUUACCUAAUAUUAGGGCAGGUGUUUCUGGGGAAGUUUGAAGUGGGGAAGAGCAAAUGAAAUGGGAAUUUUGGAGGGUGCUUGUCAGUGUUCAGCCCUGUGGGGGGCAACCUUAUUUUAGUCAUCAGUAAAGAAUAGGGGACCAGGUCCUCUCUUUCUUUACCAGAUAGCUGGUUGGCCGACUCUCCAGUUAAUGAAAGACCAUUGGUUUUUAGCUUUUUCCCAUUUCGGAUGCCCCCGAACUGCUCAUAUGAGUCUCGUCCUUAGAGUUGAAUAACAUUGCUGUGAAUAUCCAGUGCUGUACAUAAUGGCAGUUUUGUAAAUGUGAAAUAACCUCGGAUAUCUCGUGUUUUGUAUGCAGAGCCACUAGUAUUGUUAUCUUGGCCACUUUUUGUAUUCAAAAUAAAUAAACAACAGAAUUAUUUGUA